AUGAGAAUUGUUUUACAGAAGGUCAGCCAAGCAUCUGUGACUGUGGACUCAAAUGUGGUUUCCGUCAUCAAAACGGGUUACAUGCUGCUCGUAGGUAUUUCAACCCAGGAUACCAAAGAAGAGGUACAAAAACUAUCGAAGAAAGUGCUAAGCCUUAGGAUGUUCGACGAUGAUACAGGCUACGGCUGGAAGAAAUCUAUCCAAGACGUGAAUGGUGAGAUUCUUUCAGUAUCUCAGUUCACUUUAAUGGCCCGCACGAAAAAAGGGUCUAAGCCCGAUUUCCACCUGGCUCAAAAAGGCCACUUAGCCAAGGAACUGUACGAAGAGUUUCUUGCCGAACUUAGAAGCGUUCUGGGGCCCGAAAAGGUGAAGGAUGGUGUAUUUGGUGCUAUGAUGAGUUGUUCUUUGGUAAAUGAAGGACCGGUCACUAUCAUUUUUGACACCGACGAGGCAAAGUAA